GUUGCUCGUGACGCUGCACCGAGUUAUCCUCAUAGGCGCAUUGAUUGUGGAAGAAUCGAAAGAAAAACUGUUCAAGCAUCACGACGCGUCUCUUAUACGACGGGCGCAGAACGGGAGGUCUGUGCGCUCGUGUGCCACGGAGGCAAAAUAUUUGGCGCGUGUAACGUGUUCGGUGUAUUUCCCCCCUUCCACGUCGUCAAAGGCGCGGACGCCACGUCUCUCAGAAGCAAAAAAGCGGUGACAAGGCCCUGCGUAUUAAACAAGUCGACACAACCAACGUCCACCUCCUGCACUUUCUCCUCUUACGAUCUCUUUCUCCCCCUGUUAGUAUCGUCGUUCAUCUGUGAGCGAACUACACACACACUCAGCAAAAAUGGCCGUUCGGAGACCCGCUCGCUCUCCGCGAACAACGCGCUCGGUCGCGUCCUACUUCACUCUCAUUGCGCUGGUCGUUCUCGCCAUCCUGUUCUUUUGCCCCCCUUCGGCCGCAGCGCAGGAUGAUGACAAGAACUACGGCACUGUCAUCGGCAUUGAUCUCGGUACAACCUACUCUUGUGUCGGUGUUCAGCGGGGAGGUCGUGUAGAAAUCAUUGCCAACGAUCAGGGUCACCGUAUAACGCCUUCGUGGGUCAGCUUUAGUGACGAGGAGCGACUUGUCGGUGAUGCCGCUAAGAAUGCAUUCCACACCAACCCCAAGAACACCGUUUUCGACGCAAAGCGGUUAAUUGGCCGUAGAUUUGAUGAUCCCGAGGUUCAGAAGGAUAUGAAGCACUGGCCAUUCGAUAUUACGAACAAGGGUGGAAAGCCUGUCAUUCAGGUCCAACAUAAGACCGAGCUGCGCGAGUUCACUCCCGAGGAAAUCUCUGCUAUGGUCUUGGGCAAGAUGAAGGAGACUGCUGAGGCUUACCUCGGCAAGAAGGUCACCCAUGCCGUUGUUACGGUUCCCGCAUACUUCAACGAUGCUCAGCGACAGGCUACCAAGGAUGCCGGCACGAUCGCUGGUUUGACCGUCCUCCGUAUCGUCAACGAGCCGACUGCGGCCGCCAUCGCCUACGGGCUUGACAAGAGGGGCGGCGAACGUCAGAUCAUCGUCUACGAUCUCGGUGGAGGCACCUUCGAUGUUUCCCUGCUCUCUAUUGAUGAGGGUGUGUUCGAGGUGCUGGCUACUGCUGGUGACACCCAUCUUGGUGGUGAGGACUUCGACAACAGGAUUAUCGAGCAUUUCGUCAAGUUGCACAAGAAGAACACUGGGCGCGACGUCACCCAGAACCUGCGUGCCAUGGGCAAGAUGAAACGUGAGGUCGAGAAGGCCAAGCGUACUCUGUCCAACCAAAUGUCAACUAAAAUUGAAAUCGAAUCGUUCGACGAAGGCGAGGACUUCUCCGAGACUCUCACCCGUGCCAAGUUCGAGGAACUCAACAUGGACCUCUUCAGGAAGACGAUGAAGCCCGUCGAGCAGGUGCUCAAGGAUGCCAACGUCAAGAAGGAGGAUAUCGAUGAUGUUGUCCUUGUCGGUGGUUCCACCCGUAUUCCCAAGGUCCAGCAGCUCCUGAAGGAGUACUUCGGUGGUAGAGAGCCGUCCAAGGGAAUCAACCCCGAUGAAGCCGUUGCCUACGGUGCCGCCAUUCAAGGUGGUAUCCUUUCCGGCGAGGAGGGUACUGAGGACAUCGUCCUGAUCGAUGUCUGCCCGUUGACCCUCGGUAUCGAGACCACUGGCGGUGUUUUCACCAAGCUCAUCCCUCGCAACACCGUCGUCCCGACCAAGAAGAGCCAGAUAUUCUCGACUGCUGCCGAUGGCCAGACCACUGUUCUUAUCCAGGUCUACGAAGGUGAGCGUGCCAUGACAAAGGACAACAACCUCCUUGGCAAGUUCGAACUUUCCGGUAUUCCCACCGCUCCCCGUGGUGUUCCACAGAUCGAAGUCACAUUCGAGAUCGACGCCAACGGUAUCCUCAAGGUUGCUGCUGCCGACAAGGGCACUGGCAAGAGCGAGUCCAUCACCAUUACUAACGAGAAGGGUCGCCUCAGCCAAGAGGAGAUCGACCGCAUGAUCCGCGAGGCGGAGGACUUCGCCUCUGAGGAUGAGACCCUCAGGAAGCGUGUUGAUGCGCUCAACCAGCUCCAGAACACUGUUUGGAGCAUGCAGUCUCAACUCGGUGACCAGGAGGGUCUUGGUGGCAAACUCAACGACGCCGAUACGAAGACGAUGACCGCUGCCUUGAGGGAUGCGACACAGUGGCUGGAGGAGAACUCGAGUUCGGCGACAAUCGACGAGCUCGAGGAAAAGCUGCAGGAGAUCCGCUCCGAACUCGACCCGAUCGUCGCGAAACUCUACCAGAGCGGCAGUGACGGUGCCCAGGAGCCCUUCUCUUCUCAUGAUGAGCUCUAAGCAGCGGCAAUUUUUGUAUCCCCUCGUGUUGGGAUACGAUGACUUGGAGCGCGGUGGUGGAUCACUGGAUCUGGCGGAGAGGGAUAAGAGUGCGGAAAAAGCUCAGCGUUGAGUUAAAUAUGUAUUUAACAGCAUAAUUGCCCGACUCUGCCUACCCCGCGCUUUGUAGUCGAUAGAAGCAAUAUUCAUCUUCUAGUCUUCAA